AACAUUUAAGAAGCACCAGAAGAAAACUCGUUGCAACGUCAGUGUGGCUUCUGUAAGGUUCGUAUAGGCCUUAUCCGUGUUGAUUAUCGUCUUUAGAGGUUUCACCUGAGCCAUAAUAUUGACAGAAAUGGUUUCAUACUGGAGGCAAGCUGGACUCAGCUACAUCAGGUACUCGGCGAUCUGCGCCAGGGUCGUGCGAUCAGCGCUGAAACCUCAGCUUAGAUCAGAGGCGAUUAAAAGUGCUGAAGCUAACGUGAAGGUCACUAAAGUGAAGACGGCCUAAUGAGCAGACACAGAAGCAUGUUUUUCCCGGGUGACAGAAGAUUCGGCUGAUAGAACCUGAUCUUCACUGCAGAAGACCUUUUGACUUUCUCUCAUUCUCUUGAUUAAUAAAUUAUGAAUUAUUAGUGUCAGUA